GCGACGUAGGUGUUUGUCAGGCGCUGUGAGAUGUGGAGCCGCCUGAGGAGGAGAAUAAGCAGAGUGGCUUGACAGGUGCGGAGCCACCUCUGUCUGUCAGAGAUAAGACUGAGGAUUUCUAAAAUAUAGCGCGCCCAGCAGAGAUAAUACAAAAACCAACAUGGAGUCCAUGCUGAAUAAGCUAAAAAACACUGUCACAAAGGUAACGGCUGACGUUACCAGUGCGGUGAUGGGCAAUCCUGUGACGAGGGAAUUCGAUGUGGGAAAGCAUAUAGCCAGUGGUGGCAAUGGACUGGCCUGGAAAAUCUUUAAUGGCACUAAAAAGUCUACUAAACAGGAAGUUGCUGUUUUUGUGUUUGAUAAAAAGUUAAUUGACAAAUACCAGAAAUUUGAAAAAGAUCAAAUUAUUCAUUCCCUCAAGCGAGGUGUUCAGCAGUUAACACGGCUCCGGCACCCAAGGCUGCUCACUGUCCAACAUCCACUAGAAGAGUCCAGGGAUUGUCUUGCGUUUUGUACAGAGCCAGUCUUUGCAAGCUUGGCCAAUGUACUUGGAUGCUGGGACAGUCUUCCAUCUCCUCUGCCUUCUGACAUAAAGGAACACAAACUGCAUGAUAUAGAAACAAAAUAUGGCUUGCUUCAGGUCUCUGAAGGAUUGUCAUUUUUACAUAGCAGUGUAAAGAUGAUCCAUGCAAACCUUACACCGGAGAACAUCAUUUUGAAUAAAACGGGAGCAUGGAAGAUAAUGGGUUUUGAUUUUUGCAAUCCGGCACUGAAUCAAAGUGAUCAAGAGCCAAAGUUUGUGUGUAAAGAAUGGGAUCCCAACUUACCGCCGCUUUGUUUGCCGAAUCCGGAGUACGUGGCGCCUGAAUAUAUAUUGUCUGUGAGCUGUGACCCUGCCAGUGACAUGUACUCGCUUGGCAUGGUCAUCCAUGCCGUUUUUAACAAAGGAAAGCCCAUCUUUGAAGUGAACAAACAAGAUAUCUAUAAAAGCUUUAGCAGACAGCUGGAUCAGCUAAGUCGUUUAAACCCAAAUGUCCUUGCAAACAUUCCAGAAGAUGUGCGAGAACAUGUGAAACUUCUACUGAAUGUGACACCUGCUGUUAGGCCUGAUGCCGAUCAAAUGACAAAGAUCCCCUUUUUUGAUGAUGUUGGUGCUGUGACGCUGCAAUAUUUUGAUUCGCUUUUCCAACGAGACAAUCUCCAGAAGUCACAGUUUUUUAAAGGGCUCCCAAAAGUUCUUCCAAAGCUGCCAAAGCGCGUUGUUGUUCAGCGUAUCUUGCCAGCAUUGACGGCUGAAUUUGUAAACCCUGAUAUGGUGCCGUUUGUCCUGCCCAACGUACUUCUGAUUGCAGAGGAGUGCACAAAAGAAGAGUACAUAAAGCUCAUCCUACCAGAACUAGGGCCCGUGUUCAGACAGCAGGAGCCUAUUCAGGCUAGCAACAUGAUCCUUCUUAUAUUUCUCCAAAAAAUGGAUCUCCUUCUCACCAAAACGCCACCUGACGAAAUCAAGAAUAGCGUGUUACCCAUGGUUUACAGGGCUCUAGAGGCCCCGUCGAUUCAGAUUCAGGAGCUGUGCUUAAAUAUCAUCCCUUCCUUUGCUAACCUAAUUGAUUAUCCAUCCAUGAAAAACUCUCUGAUACCAAGAAUUAAGACUGCGUGUCUACAGACUUCCUCUCUCGCGGUGCGAGUAAAUUCACUGGUCUGCUUGGGAAAGAUUUUGGAAUACCUGGAUAAGUGGUAUGUGUUAGAUGAAAUUCUUCCUUUCCUGCAACAAAUUCCAUCAAAGGAGUCAGCGGUUCUUAUGGGAAUUUUAGGAAUAUACAAAUGUACCUUUACACAUAAGAAGCUUGGUGUUACCAAAGAGCAACUGGCAGGGAAAGUGUUACCCCACUUAAUCCCUCUUAGUAUUGAUAAUAACCUUAACCUCAACCAGUUUAAUUCUUUCAUGUCUGUGAUCAAAGAGAUGUUGUGCAAAUUGGAGGCAGAACAUAAAACGAAACUUGAGCAACUGCACGUUAUGCAAGAACAGCAGAAAUCGUUGGAUAUUACAGGUCAGCUGAAUCUGUCUGCAGGACAAGCUAAUAAAGCAAGCAAUCAGCAGACAGACACACUAAGUACCAAUGUGGGGCAAGAUUUUCUUACGGGCGUAACUGACAAGCAAGAAAACGGGCACGCUCAGAAGCAGCCGGUCAAGGCAUCGCUUACACUUGAAGAGAAGCAGAAACUCGCAAAAGAGCAGGAGCAGGUGCAAAAAAUGAAGAGCCAGCAGCCUCUUAUUCCUAAUUCAGUGCCACCCAUGCCACCAGUCAAACAGACCAAGGAUCUCACCUUAACACUGAUGGAAAAUAUGUCAUCGCUGAACAGCUUUUCAAGUGGAAACCCUAAAGUUGCCCCAGGCGGGUUUUCUUCUGUUGCUAACGUACCAGGCAGCCUAGGUUUCCAAACACCAGUUGACAACAUGAGUGCAAACCGUAAUUUACAAAAUGGUUUUAAUGCCAACCCUGGCUUCCACACUACUGGAUUCGGCAUGGGGCCUGGGAAUCCAAACCAAAAUUUCUUCAGUGGUACCGGUUCUGUCGGAAUGAGCAAGACUACUCCAAUAUCAACCCCUGCCAGCGUGCAGAACUUCAAUGCGUUAAGCAGUCCUCCAGGGAUGCUACACAACAAACCUGCUCCAGACUUGUCCCCUCUCGACCAACUCUUUGGUUCUCAGAAAGCCAAAGUUAGUAUGAACCAAAUGUCUCAACAGAAACAAACGCCCUGGAUCAACCAAUUUGCCACCCCUCAAGCACCUCAGAUCAUGAGCGGCCCAGUAACACAAACAGGCAUGAUGGGACAAACGGGCUUUGGCGCUCAGUCCAACCCGUUUUUCAACCCACAAAGCUUUACUCCGCCAACAAACACAAUGAAAAGCAGUAGUUCGGCUAGCAACGAUUUAAAAGACCUUUUUGGUUAGAGGAACCCCUUUUUAUGGGUUGUUUUGUAACCGUGGUUAAAUAGCUUGGGAUCUAUAUCAUAUGAGUGAUACUUUUCCAUUUCUGAUGUUUUAUUGCAAUACUUUUUUCAUGUAAUGCUGAUUAUCCUGUGUCUCAUUAGGAUUUUCCAGUAUCUGUUACAGGCAAUCUUUCAACAAUCAGUAGUAGGAAUAUCUUGUGUUUCCGAUCAUUGUGUCCAUAUCAUAUCAAUACAGAUUUUGUAACCAAAAAAAGAA